UUCCACUAAAUAUGAAACAUUUGAUGGAUAUUACUACGUAUAAAGAUGAAGUCGAUAAAUAUAAGAAAACUGAUUCUUUUGUUACUUUAUCCUCUACAUCAAAAGGAGAUAAUCUUGAAUUUAUAGUUUUUAGAAUUCUUAAAAAAGUUAUGAAGAUUGAUUGUCAAAGAGUAAGAUUGUCAGGACCUUAUGGUGAUGGAGGUAUUGAUAUUUUUGGAAACUAUGUGGGGUACUUGAUUUUAGUUCAGUACAAGAACUAUGAUGAGAAGGUUGAUGUCAGUGAUAUUAGAAAAUUUGAGGGCGUCGCAAUAGAAAGAGCAGAAACUUCUAAAUUUAAUUUGUUAUUAACAAAUUUAUCAAACAUACAACAAGACAUUCUUGAUUAUGUCAGUGAAACAUUAAGUAAUUUUUCUUCAGAUUCCAAAGAUCCUGAAGAACGCAUAAUCGAUGAAAUAAUUGGUAAGAUUGAACAAAAAAUUCAUGCAAUAGAUGAGAAGUUUUCUCCAUUAGUUUGUGCCUAG